UGUAUCUUAAUAUGGAUUCCCCGAGUAUAAUGCAUGUUUCAUGCUAAGGGUGCAGCAAUUUUAACGGAAUUUCGCGUCCGAGAGUAUUCGCGAACGAUCGUUCGCCUCGUUGCGACGAUAAUUUCCGUUUCACGGCUGGGUAUAACCCAUUGUCAUAUAGCUAGAACUUAGUAUAAUGUCUGAGGACUAUCAACACGCUUGUGAGAGGGCAGAAUUAUUGGGCUUGUCGAUGCCAAGCGAGGAGGAGUGGAGACAGGCACAAGCGGCGAAAAACGAAAAUCGUGGCGACGAUGACGACGAUGGUGCAUUACAGGAUUUGGAUUACGCAGACGAGAAGGCCGGACGCAUCGGCGGCGGGCUGGAUGAGCUGAACAGCAUUUUGAGCACCACGCAGAAGAAGCUCAAUAGAUUCAAGACAGUUUGCGGCAGUCUGGGAACAUUGCUCAAAGUGAAGGUGGGCUCUCGUAGUGGCACACCGCAUCACAAGCCCGAAGAGCCGACUCCCGACGAUAGUCAAGAAGCCGGGAGCCAAAAGGAGCUCGGACCCGCAGCAGAUGAAGUGAUGAUGGUGGAAACAUCGGAUGACACUGCGGAUGUUGCAAAUGAUCCUGCGAACAGCGGCGUCCAGCCGAAACAAAUCGAUCUUAGUCAGAAAAUGGGGUCUCACUUGGAUAAGUUGGAUUCUCUGAUCAUGAAGGCUGAAAACGCUCAAUAUAGUAUGCAGCAUCAGACGAAGCAAAUGCGGAAGUUCCUGAAGUAAUUGAAAUCUACGAAAAAUUGCUACAUCGAUUUAUAAUUAACGAAAUAAAUUAUUAAUUAACGGACCUCGGUUGGACGAUAAAUUCGUAUAAGAUAUGAUUAUUAAUUAAAUUCUAAUUCGCGUAUCUUCCAUUUUAAACGUACAGAAAAUUUAUAUAUAAAUAUAUUUUACAAAAGGAGUUAUUUGUGUACGGAGAAAUUUCUCAAGAAAUUUCUUGGCAUAAAUUUUAAUUUUGUAGGAAAAGAUGCUGUAAUCCUAUAAGAAAAGAUAAUAAGCGUCCACAAUAUACGUAAGAAUUCGUAUAGACUUACAAUUGUUGAAUUGCGUGUAUAAAGUUUAAUUGUUGCAUCGUAUAUUGAUAUUUUUCUCGUGAUAUAUUUUUGAUCUCAUGAUUGUUAUUGAUUCUUUCAUAUAUCGCGCGACGUACAUGUCUUUGACGACGAAAGCCCAGUAUUGUUACUAUAAUACAUAUAUUAUGAAAUGUAUAUAUACAUGAAUAUUGUUGAUAAAUUUAGUAUUGUUAUGUAGACACAAAUGUAUUUCCGGCAAUCAAGGCUUUGUGCUUAGAUCUUUGACAAUAUCGACAUAUCAGGUGUAAAAAAAUGCAUGUUGGCGAUGAACCGAGCCGGUGAUAAACUUUCCUAAUAUGCAAAUAAUGUGAUAUUGUUUUACAUCGAUUUAGAGAUAUUAUAAUCUGCUACAAACCGUAUAUAUUUUAUCAUCAAAUAUAUAGUUUACGCUCUAUUUUUCUAGAUCUAAGUUUUAACGCCGCAUAAUAAUAAGUAAAUGGCGGAUACAUUUUAUUAUCGGAUGAUUUUGUCUUAUAUCGUCUGUAUUUUUAAGUUAGCAAUAUAUAAUAUAUAC